GCUGUUUCCAUGGCAAUCAGACAUGGCGCCGGGAAGCCAGCCAAUCGUAUCCUUUAUAUGACACUGACGCAGAGCUGCAGCACACACACCUGAGGCCUCAGCACUACGAAGCCAGUUCACUUUACUCAGGAUACGUUUCCUGACUAACUUGUCAUAUCAGCCGUCUGGAUAACCAGUGCUACAGAGGUGUGUGCUCUGAGGCAGGAUUUGGAGGCGAGGUAAACUCUGGGUUUUCAGCACUACGAAGCUGGUUCUGUUUUUACCGGGAUAAAUCACCAUGGUAACUGAUGCUGAACAGCUGACCUGAUCACAGCCUGUCAACACUCCAACCUCUGACCAAUCUGAUCACUGAAGACCAAAGUUUUUAUGGACAAAAGUCCAUAGUCUCAGGUCCUCUUCUACCUGAACAGCUGGUACUUUGCUGCUUUCUACCUGGCAGAGAUCCUGAUGUUCAUCUACAAAGGGAUUUUACUCCCGUACCCGUCAGAUAACCUGGUCCUGGACGUGGUGCUGCUGGCGCUCUUCCUCGCUCUGGAGACGCUCAGGAUCUUUUAUGGUUGGAAGGGGAACCUGUGUGAGCGCUCUCUGGCCUCGUGCAUGUCGCUCGUCAUCCUGUUCCCCUGCGCGGCGCUGGCUGUUUACUACCUGCUGCUGCAGACCUUCGUCCUGCGGCUGGAGUUCAUCCUCAGCGCCGUCCUGCUCUGCUUCUACGGCCUCGAGUUCCUCCUGGGACUCCUCUCCGUGUCUGCCUUCUCCAGAUCCAACGGCUACUGAAGACGUUUGACUUCACCUGAAACACACAGCAGCAGUUCACUCUUCGCAUCUUCCUAAAAUGUCAUUUUGUAAAUAAAACAUUGUUUUAUUUUCCUAUUAAAUGUAAAUUUAUUAGAAUAUUUUCUACUGUUGGUUUUAUAUAAACUCUUUGUUAUAAGAAUGUUCCAAACCUUUUUACAACUACACUGAGGGAUGAAGUUAUGUAAAUAAAUAACUGAACUUAAAAUAAAAGUGAAUUUGUCUGAA